AAAAAUGAAAAGCCAAAACUCAACUUUACUUGUCGUUUCAUGGAAGCUCUCUCCCAUGCGAUCACCACUUCCGCUUCUCCAAAGCUCACUCUCCCUCAAAACGACAACGUCUCUCGUCGUCUCCUCCAUUACCGUCAUGGAUUCAGUUCUUUGAAUCUCCGUACGCUAAGAUCGCAGAGGAGGAGCAGAGUUUUCUCGAAGGUUGAAUGCAAUCAACAAAGCUCGAAAAACAACAUCGAUUUCAGUGAUCCUGAUUGGUAGUCCAAGUUCCAGCAAGAUUUCGAAAAACGCUUUAAUAUUCCUCACAUCACCGAUCUUUUCCCCGAUGCUCACUCUUAUCCUUCCACAUUUUGUCUUAGAAUGAGAACGCCGGUAACUGAGGAUUUUGCAGAAGGUUAUCCAUCGGAUGAGGAGUGGCAUGGUUACAUAAAUAAUAACGAUAGAGUACUUCUAAAGGUCAUUCAUUACUCCUCUCCUACAUCUGCUGGUGCUGAAUGCAUUGAUCCUAACUGUUCUUGGGUUGAACAAUGGGUUCAUCGUGCUGGGCCUCAAGAGAAAAUAUAUUUCAAACCAGAAGAAGUGAAGGCUGCUAUUGUUACUUGUGGUGGUCUUUGCCCUGGUCUUAAUGAUGUCAUUAGACAGAUUGUCAUCACACUGGAAAUAUAUGGUGUAAAAAACAUUGUGGGGAUUCCUUUUGGUUAUCGUGGAUUCUCUGACAAAGACUUGGCUGAAAUUCCGCUAUCACGGAAAGUAGUCCAAAAUAUUCACCUUUCAGGUGGAAGCUUGUUAGGAGUUUCACGUGGAGGACCAACUGUCAGUGAAAUUGUAGAUAGUAUGGAGGAAAGAAGAAUCAACAUGCUUUUUGUGCUAGGUGGAAACGGUACUCAUGCUGGGGCUAAUGCUAUACACAAUGAGUGCCGCAAAAGAAAGUUGAAAGUGGCUGUAGUUGGUGUGCCGAAAACUAUAGACAAUGACAUUCUGCUGAUGGACAAAACCUUUGGUUUUGAUACUGCUGUUGAAGAAGCACAACGAGCGAUCAACUCUGCAUACAUUGAGGCACAUAGUGCUUUUCAUGGAAUUGGUGUUGUGAAAUUGAUGGGUCGUAGCAGUGGUUUCAUAGCCAUGCAAUCAUCUUUAGCUAGUGGACAAGUUGACAUAUGUUUGAUUCCAGAGGUACCUUUCCUUUUGCAUGGGCCUCAUGGUGUAUUAAGGCAUCUGAAAUACCUUAUUGAGACAAAGGGAUCGGCUGUGGUCUGUGUGGCAGAAGGAGCUGGGCAGAAUCUCGUUGAGAAAACUAAUGCUACUGAUGCAUCUGGAAACAUUGUACUUGGAGACAUUGGUGUGCACAUCCAACAAGAGAUGAAGAAAUAUUUUAAGGAAAUCGGCAUCCCUGCUGAUGUAAAGUAUAUUGAUCCAACAUACAUGAUCCGCGCCUGCUGUGCAAAUGCAUCAGAUGGAAUUCUAUGCACUGUUCUAGGACAAAAUGCUGUUCAUGGUGCAUUUGCUGGAUAUAGCGGCAUUACAGUUGGGAUAUGCAACACUCACUACGUUUACUUUCCCAUUCCUGAAGUCAUUUCUCAUCCCCGUGAAGUAGACCCCAACAGCCGCAUGUGGCAUCGAUGCUUGACUUCUACGGGCCAGCCCGACUUCAUCUAAACUAUAAGGGGUUAGUUCGAUCAAAAGACCGAAGAAAUUUAUGUUUUGAAAUUGUUCAUUAAAGGACACCGAUUUUGCUUUUAGAAAAUUUCUUUUUAAGGCUGCUCAUUAAUCUUUAUAGGCUUUGAAAUAAAUAAAACCAAAGAUAACAUUUCCACCAUAGUAAGAAACUUUUCAAAUGUAUAGUUUCCUAUGGUGGGUUCUCACGAAGAACAUCAAUAAUAAAAACA